GAUUUCAUUAAAAACUAAAGGCUUAGAUUAACACUUUAAAAACUCUCAUGAAAAUGGGUGUGGCAAGUGGUCCGGUACUGUGUAUCAUGGUCAGUGUAUCAGGACUGUUGGACUUUCACCCAGUGUUGUUAAUUGCGGAUGGCGGGUCAUGACAGAAUAUUGUGACCCAACAUAAGUUCUGAAGUGAGUACUACUAACAAAGAAGGGAAUUUAAUAACCUCUGAAGUUGAUCACAGCCUGAUUGGUGUGGAAGCUGAUCUUGUGAAUCCCGUUAAUUAAUUAAUAAAUUUUCCCUAAUCCCAAGUUCCCAGUGAUAUCACAGUACUAAUUACCUCUUACUAUUAAUUAAUAAUUCAUUAUUACAAACACAAAACCAAAAAAAAAUCACAAGUCUCUGUAGUGAAGAAGAGUUGAACAACUCCAAACUUGGAAACCAAUCGAAGAAGAAGCAUCACGAUCACGAUGGGUUGCAACCAAUCCAAGAUCGAGAACGAGGAAGCGGUGGCGCGAUGCAAAGAACGCAAGCGUUACAUGAAGGAAGCUGUUUCCACUCGCAACGCCUUCGCCGCCGCACACUCCUCCUACACCACCUCCCUCAAAAACACCGGCGCCGCCCUCGGUGACUUCGCUCUCGGCGAGGUUCACAAUCCUCAACUCCCUCCCGCCGCUGAUCCCAACUCCUAUGUCCAUCCUCAGCAAACCUUCGAGAUCCCUCUCCCUCCGCCUCCGUUGCCUGAUUUCUCCCCCGCACCUCUCCACCGCGCCGCCACCAUGCCUGAGAUCAAGAUCGCCAACGCCGCCAAGUCCGAUUCCAGGUCCAUACCGAAACCGAUCAUUGAGGAGGAGGAAGAAGAGUUGGAGAAUGAAGGAUCGUUGCGGAGAAGAAGAAGCAACCGGAACACCGGCGGUGGUGGUGGAGGGAAUACUAGAAGGGUGGUGGUGGAGGAGGAGGAAGAGGAGACUCCACCUCCUAUGCCUCCUCCUCUGACAAAGCAACAGCCGGUGAGUGAUCAUGUCAAUCAGCAUCAGCACCAUCGGAAUCAGAAUCAGAAUCAACAUCAGCAUCAACAGCAUCAUCAUCAGCAGCCGCAGCAGAGUGCUGCUUGGGAGUAUUUCUUUCCUUCCAUGGAGAAUAUUGCAGGGACGACACUGAAUGUGGGAGAAGAAGAAACCCUCAACCUCAACAAGGUGGAGCAAGUUCAAGUUCAGCGGAAGCUGUUUGAUGAGAAGCCUAACAGGGUGGAGGUUGAGGAGGUGGAGGUUGUGAGAGCUCAGAGGGAUGUUGAGGUUCCUGUUCAUGAGCCUGAGCCUGAGCUGGAGCCGGAGCUUGAGCCGGAGGACAUGUCUAAGCAUGUUCCUGAGAUGGAGGAAGUGGUGGAGACGCCGGUGGGUAAGGGGAUGAAGGCGAAGCAGACUUCUAUGGAGGGGAAGAGGAUGGUGACGGCGCGUAACAAUGUCAAUUUGCUGCAGAUAUUUGCUGAACUUGAUGACCAUUUCCUCAAGGCUUCGGAGAGUGCUCAUGAGGUUUCAAAGAUGCUUGAGGCCACACGGCUGCACUAUCACUCCAAUUUUGCCGAUAAUAGAGGACACAUUGAUCACUCUGCUAGGGUCAUGCGAGUUAUUACUUGGAAUCGAUCAUUUAAAGGAAUACCUAAUUUGGAUGAUGGGAAGGAUGAUUUUGAUUCAGACGAGCAUGAAACCCAUGCUACCAUCUUGGACAAGUUGUUAGCAUGGGAAAAGAAACUUUAUGAUGAAGUUAAGGCUGGCGAACUAAUGAAAUUUGAGUACCAAAAAAAAGUUACCACACUUAACAAGCUAAAAAAGAGAGGCACCAACUCUGAAGCAUUGGAGAAAGCAAAAGCAGUUGUCAGUCAUUUGCAUACAAGAUACAUUGUAGACAUGCAAUCACUGGAUUCAACAGUCUCAGAGAUUAACCGAUUACGUGAUGAACAGUUGUAUCCGAAACUUGUUCAGCUUGUUGAUGGGAUGGCCACCAUGUGGAAAACCAUGCUAUCUCACCACGAGAAGCAAUCUGAUAUUGUCACAUCGCUUAAAUCGUUGGACAUUUCCCAAUCUUCUAAGAAAACUAGUGAACACCAUCAUGAACGUACAUACCAGCUAUUGCUCGUUGUGCAACAGUGGCAUUCGCAGUUUGAGAUGCUAGUCAGCAAUCAAAAGGGAUACACAAAGGCGCUGACAAAUUGGUUAAAAUUAAAUCUUAUCCCUAUUGAGAGCAGUUUGAAGGAAAAAGUUUCUUCACCUCCAAGAGUUAGAAGUCCGCCCAUACAAGGGCUUCUCCAAGCAUGGCAUGACCGUCUAGAGAAACUUCCUGAUGAGCUAGCUAGGACAGCUAUAGGGAACUUUGCUGCUGUGAUGGAUACAAUUUUCCAUCAGCAAGAUGAAGAAAUGGGUUGGAAGAGAAAAUGCGAGGAUACACGAAAGGAGCUAUCCCGCAAAACCAGGCAGUUUGAGGAUUGGUAUAAUAAGUAUAUGCAAAGGAAAAUGCCAAAUGAAGUUGAUCCAGAUAGGGCAGGUGACGCUAAUGCUCCUGAUGAAGUUAUUACAGAGAAGCAAUUUGAGGUUGAACAAGUGAGGAAGAGGUUGGAACAGGAGGAAGAAUCCUAUGCAAGUCACUGCCUCCAAGUGAGGCAAAAAUCUUUGGCAAGUCUUAAAAAUCGCAUGCCCGAGCUCUUUAGGGCAAUGUCAGAUUUCUCUCUUGAAUGUUCCAAAAUGUACAGCGAAUUAAGUUCAAUAGCACAGCACCUAGGCCAGAGCUCAUCAUGAGGUGGUCUGUGAUUAUUAUUUGUUUUGGUUAUUUUUUCCAAGCAAAUUGUAUAUUUCCUGGUUGUGUUAAGCAAUGUUACACUUGAGAAUUUAGAUCUCCUUAUUGGUAAUGAGCCCUGAAGAUUACAUAAGAUAAUAUUAAAUUAACUGUAUUUGAUUGAUACUUAUUCAUGA